AUGGCGACGCUUCCUGCUGGCGACAAUGUUGAGGCACGUCGUCGACCAUUGGCUCCUCUUUGGACUGAUGAAAACAUCCGCCAUGCAGAUUCCAAGGGCGGCGCUCUCCGCCCAUUGCAGGAGGAGGUUGCUGUGCGGUACAAGGAACUCGUGAAGAGAGAGCAGGCACUGGCGGCCCGUGAACAGUUGGCCUCCGAAGUCUGCCAAGCCCAGGAGGAGCGUGAGCAGGAUUUGGAGGCAUUGGCGUUGCGCCUUCAGCAGCAGACGGAGGUGGGUUUCAUGGCUUCAAUCGACACACGAACAGAUCGGGCAGUAAACACGCUGCUUAUGCCGUCAUGUCUCCCUCAGUGA